CGAAUUCGAAUCUUUUAAGAUCGAAGCAGCAAAUGAGAGAAUCUUCCAAUUGCUGAAAGAUGCAGCCGAUAACUUUUAUAAAGCUGUAUCACUUGAUACUAAUAUUCAAGUUAAAGAAAUUAUGAAUGAGCUUGAAGAACAAAAAGAACAGCUUUUGGCAAUUAAGUUCAUGAUUGCACGAAAAGAAGUUUCGCCAAAAGAAGAUAUGAAAGAUUUAAAAAUUAAUCCAUUGGAUAUUAAAGAUUGUAAUGAUAAUACCUAUAUUGCUGGCAUUAAUAUCCAAAAAAGGAAAUAUAUUGUGGAUGAUGUAGUCGUAAAAAAAGCACCUAUUUCAGACGAAAGGAAAAUUGUUAAACAAGCAAAAAUUGUCAAAUUGCUUAACGCCUGUGACAAUAUUGAGAAAUUGUAG